UUCGUUUUAUACGCGUCGAUCUAAGCGUUCGGAGGGCAUUCGUUUCGGACGUUGCGAUCGCGUUCGAACGUACUCUCAUCACACUCGUAAUAUUAGGCAUUAUUAUUAUUAUUAUCGUUUCAUAGGCGGUAAACCGGCACCUAACGUAUUAUAUCCAUACACUAUAGUUGUCUUAUAGCUGCGUCGACGGUCGUCACCGGCGUCUCGUCUCUACAUAGUCGUUCCGGUUCUCUCGUGCCGUUCGGUCGACAAAAUAUAAUAUUAUAGUUUAUAACAAAAUACCUAUCGCAUUUCCAGCGCGGCUUUUCGUGUCGCCACAAGGAAAAUGUCACUCUCCGCGUGCGGUCUCGCCGUUUUCGCGUGCGUCGCGGUAUUAGUAUUACAGUCCGCCGUCGAUUCGACUGACGCUUUGCCGACCACAGAUCUAUCGCUGCAGUCAUCCACACCGCUGUCGCUGUCAUCGCGAGACGUCGAAGACGAAGUACAAGGCACGAGUGCCCUGACCACUACGUCAACCGAUGUAGUGGUUGGUGAUUAUGCGCUCAAGGAUUUGGCUUUAGUGGACAGUGAAAAAGGCCACGUCCAUAAGCCUAUCAAAAAAAAGAAACCUUUGGGCAAACACAAGAAGAAAAAGAAUUCGUUCAAAGAUAAAUUCUUGCCUCUGCUUUUAAUACCAUUUGUUAUUCAAACAAUGCUCAUACCGUUUUUCAUAAUGAAACUGAAAUUGUUAGCUUUGAAAGCAAUGGCAGUGGGCAAGUUCGCAAUUCUGUUGAUCGCUUUUAAUAUGAUGCGUAAUUGGUCACAAAAUGCUCACAGUACUUCGAUUCGUGGUUCAACUGGGGAUUCAUUGCUCAUGGCUCAAAAUUACGGUUUCAACGGUGUUCCGGAAUUCGGAGCAAUAUUUAAUGGCCGUUAGUAAUUGACCGACUUUUUAUAAUGCUUAAUAAUUUAUUAAAUGUAUAAUGUAAUGCUCUCUGCACACGUUCGACGUCGGACGUAGUGCUAUAUUAACAUAAGACUAUUUACGAACAAAAUCACCAAUGAUGUAUUAUAUAUUAUAUUAAUGAAUGUAAUAUCUCGUAAGGUACAUUACCUACAUUUUAUUAUAUAGUAUUUUAUCAUUAACCAUGACUCAAAAUUAGAUUCAAUUUAUGUUAUUUUGUGCCUUAUACCUAUAUUAUAAUAUUGUCAUAAUUAUCAUAAGUUAUUGUAGAACUAUUAUAUAAUAUAAUAUUUUAUAUUUUGGAUGUAUAUUACCACUAUAUGUGUAUUACAACUAUCAGUGUAAAAUUACAAUUUUAAAAUUAUUAUUUUGUUAAUUUAAUAAAUUAAAAUACGAAUUAAUAACAAUACAUAUAAACAGGAAGGUACGCAAGUAUUUAUGUCUGUUUAUUUACUGACUCACUAUUAUAUAGAGCUAUAGCUAGUAAGUACAUUGUACUUAGUACUUAGUACAAUAUAUAUUUUUAUAUAAAUUGUUGAAAAUAUACAUUUUGAAUCGGUUAGCGACUACUGCUUAGUGUUUUUACAAUAUUACAAUAUAUACCUGUUUUUAUACCUA